CAUCAAAGUCCCAGCGAAAGCGCGCGAAGUGACAUUCAGAGCUUUUGCAGCCGGUGAAACAGACGCACUUGUCCUUCUUUUAGAAUCUUUUUGAAUUUAUAAAAAGAGAACUAUUUGCAGUCUGACUGCAUCUCUGCGGGCGAAGAAAAGCACAAAACAAGGCCGCAGUUGAUUCGUAACAGGAAUUAAAUUUACCACUAUUUGAAGAACAAUGUUUGAGGCACGUCUCGUUCAAGGCUCAAUCCUUAAGAAGGUUCUGGAGGCUCUGAAAGACCUAAUCACCGAAGCCUGCUGGGAUGUCAGCUCAUCGGGCAUCUCUCUGCAGAGCAUGGACUCAUCUCAUGUGUCUCUGGUACAGCUCACACUCCGGAGUGAUGGCUUCGACUCUUACCGCUGCGACAGAAACCUCGCCAUGGGCGUCAACUUGAGCAGCAUGUCAAAGAUUCUAAAGUGUGCUGGAAAUGAAGAUAUAAUCACACUCAGAGCAGAAGACAAUGCAGACACUCUUGCCCUCGUCUUUGAAACACUCAAUCAGGAGAAAGUUUCAGACUAUGAGAUGAAACUGAUGGACCUGGAUGUGGAGCAGCUUGGAAUUCCAGAGCAGGAAUACAGCUGUGUGGUUAAGAUGCCUUCUGGUGAAUUUGCCCGAAUCUGCAGAGACCUGUCACAGAUUGGCGACGCUGUCAUGAUCUCCUGUGCCAAGGAUGGAGUGAAGUUCUCUGCCAGUGGAGAGCUGGGCACAGGCAACAUUAAGCUCUCUCAGACCAGCAAUGUUGACAAAGAGGAUGAAGCGGUGACAAUUGAGAUGAAUGAGCCAGUACAACUCAUUUUUGCAUUGAACUACCUGAACUUCUUCACCAAGGCCACUCCCCUGUCCAAGACAGUCACACUUAGCAUGUCUGCAGACAUUCCACUUGUGGUUGAGUACAAGAUUGCAGAUAUGGGACACGUCAAAUACUAUCUGGCACCCAAGAUUGAUGAAGAGUCGUCUUAAAUACAAGCAGAGGGCUGAAUUCCAUCAGCUGGAUUUAAUUCUGCAUAUUAAAAAUUGUUUGGAUUGAUGUUUUGGGGAAAAUGCAGUUUACAUCUCCAUGUCUGCUGUGGUUGCCUCAUCAAUGGAUUCACAUUUCCAUGAUCAUCUAAGCCAUGCCAUAAGGUUGGCAAAUAUAUGGGUACACUUAAUGAUGGUAGUUUGGUCUUAGCUUUACCAGACGCUGUGGGGUGAAUCUAUGGUGCCCUUGGCAGCAUGUACAGACUCCCCUUUUGGUCAUUCUAAUUUUCUCUCCAUCUUUGUGCUCCUGCUCCCCUAUUGAUGCCAUUUAUUCAUUUUUUUUUCUUGCCCAACUGCUCAUUCCAACGUGUAGAUAAUUUUCUGUAAAUAUGCUAAUUGGACAUUGUUCAUCCAGUCAACAAUUAAUAAAACUUUUUGUAAUGAU